AUGAGGGAAAAGUUCGUCGAAAGUAGCGGAGAAAUGAUCAACGUAGAAGCUAUAUACUUUAGAUUCAGCAAAGAUCUUCUGGAAGCUAUCGGUUUGUGGCCAAGCCGGCAAACAAGACUCGAUCAACUUCGAUAUGCUCUCUUAUUCGGUAUUCUAUCAACCGUCAUCGUGUUUCACUUUACAACAUUUAUGACCGCGGAAUGCACUUUGGAGUUAAUCGUCAAAGUUCUCGCUUCCGUGUUCAUAUUUAUAAAUAUCAUGAUCAAAUACAGCGCGUUCUGGAUGAAUACCGUAUCUAUCAAGAAGUUAAUGGAGCAACUUCAACGCACAUGUGGCGAGCUGAAAGACAAGAAUGAGAUUGCCAUCAUGCAAAAAUACGGGCUUAUCUCGAGACGUUACACUAUUUUGCUUACAGCAUCCUUCGUUUGUGGUGAAUUUAGUUUUAUUUCGAUCCAGUGUUGGUCGAGCAUUCUUGAUAUUGUUCAACCGCGAAACGAGUCCAGACCUCAUGUCAUAGUUUUUCCAAUGGAGUAUUUCGUGGAUCAGCAAAAAUAUUUCUAUUUAAUCCUCUUGCACAUAAACACAGCCAUUUUCAUAGGCGGUAUCACAGUACCGGCGACGCUAUCGGUGCUCGUCUCGUGUCAGGAAUGCGUUUGCGGAAUGUUCACAGUUGCCUGUUAUCGUAUCGAACACGCAAUGAGUACCGACGCGCUGCGGAAUGUCAGUUUGAACAGCAAAAAUCUGAUUUCCGACGGAAUAAUUAGGGCCGUGGAUAUCCAUCGCGAAGCUAUGAAGUUAUCCAAAUUUCUAAUGCCGAGGUUUGAGGUGGCGUUCGGCUUUUUAAUAAUGGCCGGGCUUUCGUACAACGUUCCAUGGUAUGAAGCGCCUUUGCACGUGCAGAAAUUGAUAGUGUUCCUUCUGCAAAGAGGUACCAAGGAUUUCACUUUGAGCGUAGGUGGUUUUUUCAAUGGAUCCAUGAAAUGCUUCGCCGCGUUGGCGAACACGUCGAUAUCCUACUUCACCGUUUUGUAUUCUACGCAGAGAUAAAGCUGUUAGAAUUGCAAUUAGUGAUAAAGCAACGGUGGAUUUCCCACUUACUUACACAAAAAAGUGCAUCGUAGAAUAAUUUAAUCGACCUUAAAUAUGAACAUUAAUAUAAGGUUAGAGUCGUAUUGUGUGAUCAAAUUAAUAUUAUUUCAAUAUCUAUUAAAGUAUAAUUA